AGUUUCAGACAAACUUCAUUGCUGUUUGAUGAGGAGAGGCAGCGGAACCGGUCGGACCGGCCCAAACUGUGACACGCCUGCCCGGCCUCAGGCAGGUCCAACUGGUCCGACAGGUGAGUCCCAUCAGGUGAAUAAAAGACAGAGCUGAGCUCAGAGCCAGUCAGAGAUUCUCAGGAGGACCAGACAGUCUGAGACAUGCUUCACCUGCUGCUGCUGGCCGGGGUGGUUCUGGGAGGAUACGUCCUGCUCACACAGACGCUCUUCAAGAGGUCCAAAUGUAAAGGGAACGCAGCCAUGGCCGGGAAGACUGUCAUCAUCACAGGAGGAAACACCGGCAUCGGUAAAGCCACGGCUCUGCACCUGGCCCAGAGGGGAGCCAGAGUGAUCCUGGCCUGCAGGAACCGGGACAAGGCGGAGUCCGCCAUCGCUGACAUACAACAGGAAACAGGAAGUACUGACGUGCUCUACAUGCAGUUGGACCUGGCCAGUCUGAAGUCGGUCCGCUGCUUCGCUGAGACGUUCCUGAAGUCCGAGUCCAGACUGGACCUGCUCAUCAACAACGCCGGUCUGGUGGCUGACGGCCGGACCGAGGACGGGUUCGGCAUCCAGUUCGGUGUGAACCACCUGGGUCACUUCCUGCUGACCUGCCUGCUGCUGGAGCGCCUGAAGGAGGCGGGCGGAGGACGGGUGGUCACCGUGUCCUCCAUGGCUCACCGCUGGGGACACGUGGACUUUGAGGCUCUGGCGGCAAACAAACACCUGGGCACCGGCAGGUACAGCUGGCAGUUCUUCGCUGCCUACUGCAGCAGCAAGCUGUGUAACGUGCUCUUCACCCACGAGCUCGCCAAGAGGCUGAAAGGAACCAACGUCACCUGCUACAGCGUCCACCCAGGUGUGGUCCGCACCCAGCUGUCGCGUCACGUCAGCCUGUGGCAGAAGGUUUUCAUCGAGCCCAUCGCCCAGCUGCUGUUCCUGGACCCGCAGGACGGAGCUCAGACCACGCUGCACUGCUGCCUGCAGCAGGGAAUCGAACCUCUGAGCGGGCGCUACUUCUCCUGCUGCGCCGUGCAGGAAGUAGGCGCCCGGGCCCGAGACGACACCGUGGCCCGGAAGCUGUGGGAGGUCAGCGAGAUGUACUGUGGACUCUCUUAAGGUGGAAUGACUACAAAGCACUUUGUGUCCACCUUAACUGGACUGUGAGGACUGGACUCAUUCUCUGCUGUACUGUGAUGUUAGAGCAGAGCUGUAGAAGCUGUGACGCCGCAGCUCAGCAGCCUCAACCUGUCAAUUUAAUAAACACGUCAGACAAUAAAGAACCUUUUCCAUCAUUCUGUGAUCCGAUCAGUCCGGCACACUCACAGCAGGUGGAGACCCGGCAGUGGGUCCGUGUAGGAGACAGGAUGAUGGACCGGAACCAAACAGAUGGUUAGAUAUUCCACAGAAACAUUCUCUCACAUGUUUACAAGCUUUGAUCAGUGAUUUCACACUCUGUUAGACCAAAUGAUCCAGAUGUGGAUCUCAUGACCUGCUGCAUCUUCAGAGGGAGGACAGACAGGAGGACAGACAGCAGGUAGGACAGACAGGAGGACAGACAGGAGGGAGGGAGGACAGA